GAACGGCAACAUGAAGCUCUACAUUCUUCUAGCGCUCGUCAGUACUGCACUGGCUGCUUCCGGCAUCCCCGAGCGAUGUAAGCUGCCCGCGCACCCGGGAUUCUGCAGAAUGCCGUGGCUGAGAUGGUGGUACAACAUGGAGACAGGACAGUGCGAAGAGUUCUUCUUCGGCGGUUGCGCCGGGAACGCGAACAAUUUCGAAACUAAAGAGCUGUGCGAAAAGACUUGCUCCGAACAUAAAGCUGUUCUGACACCACUGCAACCUGUUCUGGCCUUCCGUGGAAUGACCAAGAAGGUGUUCCCUGAAUCUCGACCACCUGGAUGAUCCGUUUCCAGCAUGCCACCAUACAGUGGCCCUUGUAGGGCUGACUUCACUCGAUUCUACUACAAUGCUGAGACCAACUCUUGCCGCAAGUUUGUGUACCGAGGAUGCAAGAGCAAUGGCAAUAGCUUUGAGUCUCACAGUGACUUCAUGACAGCU